AUGUUAUUUAAGAAAAUUUUAUUAAUUAAUUUAUUAGUGAUUUUAACACUAUUAACAGCCAUUCAAGCUGUAGAAAAAGAAGACAACCUGCUGAGUGCUACUUUAAGAGUAAUAUUUGCCAAUAUAUUCAAACCGAAAUCUAUGAGUAUCAGUGUUAUAGUAAAUAUAAGUAAUCAUGAAGAUUUUACCUUUAGUCAAGAUAUAUUGGACGAUUUAAUGAGUAUCAAUAAAAAUAUUCAAUUACCAGUGACAAUAAAUCAAUAUACAGCUUCAAAGUUAUUGCAUUUUAUACAGGCAAAAUUAAUAUUUACCAAUUCAGCAGAAAAUGUCAGAAAACGCAUGGAGUAUCUUUUUCAAAAUAAUGAAAUUCAAAGUUUAUCUACAAAAUAUUUAAUUAUCUUAAAUAAUCAGGAUUCUCUGCACAAAAAGCUUAUAGAAAUGCAUAACAUUUUCCAAGAUUUCUUUAAUUUAUAUAUUGUUGAUGUUGUCAUAUUACUACCGGAAGCUGAUUCUUUGUGUAUCUAUACCUAUAAACCAUAUGACCUUAAACAUUGUGCUUUUACCGAGCCUAUACUACUGCAAUGUUAUUUAAAAGUUCCUGAUAUACUUUCUUAUAAUGAUUUGUUUCCCAUAAAAACUAAUAACUUCUAUCAGUGUCCCUUAAAAGUAGUUCUCUGGCAUACACCACCAUUUGUAAAUAUAACAUAUCGAAAAGGAAUUGCAUACUAUACUGGAUUUGAUGUGGAAAUAUUAAAAGAUUUGUCAGAUUUUCUAAACUUUUCCAUAGAAGUUAUACCCAAUGAACCUCCAGAAUUAUUAAGUGGCGAAGUUUUUAGUAAUUACACGGCUAUAGGGGUUUUUAAAUUGCUAUUGGAACGUAGAGCAAAUCUAAGUAUUGGUUUUAUUGGAUGUAAACCCAGACGUUCGCAAUUAACUACAGGAUCAAUGCCAUAUUUUCUAACAGAAAUUUUAAUAAUUUUUAAAAACUAUCAAAAGUAUACAGAAUAUUAUCUACUAUUUAGGCCCUUCACCAACUCAACUUGGGGUGUUUUUAUAAUCGUAUUAAUUUUAAAACCAAUAUUUAAACGUAUACUCUGUAGAAAUUUUAAAUUACAAUUAAGUUUUCGUAAUCUUUUGAGACUGCAAUGGGUAUUUAUGAUUUUCUUACUACGCCUUGCCUACGAAGGAUCUAUAUUUGAAACCAUACGUAAAUCACCCUAUAAACCUUUACCACUCAAUCUAAAUGAAUUGGUACAACAAAAUUAUUCCCUAAUAACGGACUAUGCCACAGCACGUAUGUUAAAGGAAAUUACUAUUCUUGAGAACAUCACAACAAUUGUGCCGGGAAAUCCUUCAAGUAUUUUAGAGCUUAUAGAUGACUUACCCCCCAAUACUGGCGUCUUAAGCUGGGAUACUAUUGUGGCUCAAUUUAUGAAAACAAGGUUGCGUAAUUAUAAUGACUAUGCCAUCGUUCGCGAUAAAGUUUCCAAUGGUAUGUGUUGUAUAUUCUUCCCGCGCUUAUCAUUUAUGGCACCAUCAGUAGAUUUGCUACUUAACCAGUAUAAAAUGUUUGGCAUAUUUAAUAAAUAUAUGAAACAGCUCGGUUUUGAAUAUUUACCUACGACUACAGAUCAAUUAAGGACACGUUUCAGUUGGAAUUCCAAAGCUCCUUUGGAUUUGUCAAUUCUAGUGGCAGUUUUUAGAUGUUUUGCAGUAAUGAAUAUCGCCGCCAUGUUGAAUAAUAUAACUUCUUAA